GAAGGUGGAAGAGUUAAUACAGCCUUGCUCUAAGCGCAGGGCAAACACCGCGUUUCCACAUCCACUCCUCGCUCGCACAAGGGCAUGAGGCUCCGAAGAGGCGAGCGCAGCCGCGCACCGGCGGGGCUCCACCGGGGGGAGCGGGGCCACCCGGGGGACAGUCGGACUCUCCCCCCGGCUAGCAGCGGAGCCCCGGGGCACGUCCUAGCGCUGUCCCCACAGGCGGGCGGCUCCAUCCCGCUCCCGGUCCCGCUCGGGCGGCUGCCGAGCGGCGGCAGGUGGUGGCCGCGGCAGCGCCCGGAGGGGAGCCCCGCGGGUGUCUCCCCUCCGCUCUACCCCGGGGCCGCCCGGGCGGCGGGGUUUGUCCUUCACAGCCCCCCCGAGCCCCCGGCCGCAGAUCGCCACCGGCUCCGCGCGGAACUCGCCGGCUCCGGAGCAGGAGAACAUGAGUGAGAACUUGAAGGACUGUUUGAUCCAGACCCAGGCUUCCUUAGGGGAGAUGGUGACAAUAAAAACAGAGGCCUGCUCUCCGCGCCGGGACCAGGAGUAUGGACAGCCUUGCUCUGGAAGGCCUGACCCACAGUCCAUGGAGGUGGAACCCAAGAAACUGAAAGGGAAACGGGAUUUGAUCAUGACCAAGAGCUUUCAGCAGGUGGAUUUCUGGUUCUGUGAGUCCUGCCAGGAGUACUUUGUGGAUGAAUGCCCGAACCAUGGCCCCCCAGUGUUCGUGUCAGACACCCCAGUGCCUGUUGGCAUCCCUGACCGGGCAGCGCUGACCAUCCCGCCUGGAAUGGAGGUGGUGAAAGAGCCCAAUGGGGAGAACGACGUGCGCUGUAUGAACGAGGUGAUCCCCAAAGGGCACAUCUUCGGGCCGUACGAGGGGCAGAUGUCCAGCCAGGACAAGUCUGCAGGAUUCUUCUCAUGGCUGAUCGUUGAUAAGAACAACCGCUACAAAUCCAUCGAUGGGACAGAUGAAACCAAAGCAAACUGGAUGAGGUACGUGAUCAUCUCCCGGGAGGAGAGGGAGCAGAACCUGAUGGCCUUCCAGCACAGCGAGAGGAUUUACUUCCGUGCCUGCCGUGACAUCUGCCCUGGGGAGAAGCUGCGGGUCUGGUACAGUGAGGAUUACAUGAAGAGGUUGCACUGUAUGUCCCAGGAGACCAUCAACAGGAACCUCACAAGCGGAGACAAAAGGUUACAGAGGGAAAAGCUGGAAAAGAACAUGGAGAACCAAGAGGACGCGAGGGGGCCACUCCAGCUCGCCACCUUAAAGCAAGGGAAGAGCCCUUACAAGCGCAGCUGUGAGGAGGGGGAAUCCCACCCCCAAACAAAGAAGAAAAAGAUUGACCUCAUCUUCAAAGAUGUCCUGGAGGCUUCUUUGGAGUCCGCCAAAUUCGAAGAGAACCAGUUAGUAACAAGUACACCACUUGCCAUCAGAAAAGCAUCUAAAUACCAGGCUGAAGACAUCUUUGAGCGGUGUGGCAGUGCCAUGCAGCACGGCUCCCUGGGCCUCAGCAGAAACCUGAGCGAGGGGGAAUGGAAGGUCCCUCAUGGUUCCUCUUUCAGCUCCGCCAAAGAGAUGGGAAUCCUUGACGAUGAGGAAGAAGAGCCUUUGUCACUCAAAGCAGACAGCCCAACAGAGCUGUCACUGGCCUCUGCACAAGGCAACUCCCAUGAAAUCCCCACCACCUCCUUCUGCCCCAACUGCAUCCGUCUGAAGAAGAAGAUCCGGGAGCUGCAGGCUGAGUUAGACAUGCUGAGAUCUGGGAAGUUACCCGAGCCACCCGUGUUACCGCCCCAGGUACCCGAGCUCCAAGAAUUCUCAGACCCCACAGCUUCAGAAAGCAUCAUCUCUGUUCCCACCAUCAUGGAGGACGAUGACCAAGAGGUAGAUUCUGCUGAUGAAUCAGUUUCCAAUGACAUGAUUGCUGCUACAGAUGAGCCUUCCAAGAUGUCUUCUGCGACGGGCCGAAGGAUACGGCGGUUCAAGCAAGAGUGGCUUAAAAAGUUCUGGUUUCUGCGGUACUCCCCGACACUGAAUGAAAUGUGGUGCCACGUCUGCAGGCAGUACACAGUGCAAUCCUCUCGGACUUCAGCCUUCAUCAUUGGCUCAAAGCAGUUCAAGAUACACACAAUAAAGCUUCACAGCCAGAGCAACCUCCACAAGAAGUGCCUGCAGCUUUACAAGCUCAGGAUGCACCCAGAGAAGACAGAAGAGAUGUGCCGGAACAUGACCCUCCUCUUCAACACAGCCUACCACUUGGCCCUGGAGGGCAGGCCCUACUAUGACUUUCGGCCUCUGGCAGAACUGCUGAGGAAGUGUGAGCUCAAGGUGGUGGAUCAAUACAUGAACGAGGGAGACUGCCAAAUCUUAAUCCAUCACAUUGCCCGGGCUCUUCGAGAGGACCUUGUUGAACGCAUCCGACAGUCUCCCUUCCUUAGCAUCAUCCUAGAUGGGCAGAGUGAUGACUUGCUUGCAGAUACCGUGGCAGUUUAUGUGCAGUACACAAGCAGCGAUGGGCCUCCGGCAACAGAAUUCCUGUCUCUUCAGGAACUGGGCUUUUCUACAACAGACAGUUACCUCCAAGCAUUAGACAGGGCUUUUUCCAGUCUCGGAAUACAAUUGCAGGAUGAGAAGCCAACUAUUGGCUUGGGAGUCGAUGGUGCUAACAUUACUGCCAGCCUGAGAGCCAACCUGUUCAUGACAAUCAGAAAGACCUUGCCCUGGCUUCUCUGUCUGCCCUUUAUGGUACAUAGGCCCCACUUGGAAAUUUUGGAUGCAAUCAGUGGGAAGGAACUGCCGUGCCUGGAGGAGCUGGAAAACAAUCUGAAGCAGCUGCUCAGUUUCUAUCGUUACUCUCCCCGACUCAUGUGUGAGUUGAGGGUCACUGCAGCCACUCUGUGUGAGGAGACCGAGUUCUUGGGGGACAUUAGAGCAGUGAAGUGGAUCAUCGGGGAGCAGAAUGUGCUCAAUGCUCUGAUCAAGGAUUACCUUGAGGUUGUGGCCCAUCUCAAAGAUGUCAGUGGCCAGACCCAAAGAGCGGAUGCUUCUGCCAUUGCCUUGGCCCUUCUGCAGUUUCUGAUGGACUACCAGUCGAUUAAACUUAUAUACUUCCUACUGGAUGUGAUUGCUGUGCUUUCACGCCUCGCCUACGUCUUCCAAGGGGAAUACCUUCUUGUGUCACAGGUGGAUGAUAAGAUAGAGGAAGCCAUCCAAGAAAUCAGCCGUCUUGCAGACUCACCUGGGGAAUACUUGCAGGAGUUUGAGGAAAACUUCCGUGAAAGCUUUAAUGGCAUUGCUGUGAAAAACCUCCGGGUGGCUGAAGCCAAAUUCCAGUCAAUCCGAGAAAAGAUCUGCCAGAAGACCCAGGUGAUCCUAGCCCAAAGGUUUGAUUCCCGUAGCCGGACAUUUGUGAAGGCCUGUCAGGUAUUUGACCUUGCAACGUGGCCCAGAAGCACUGAUGAGCUCAUGAGCUAUGGGAAGGAGGAUAUGGUACAGAUAUUUGAACACCUGGAGACGGUCCCAUCCUUUUCCAGAGAGGCUUGCCGAGAGGGGAUGGACACCCGCGGGAGUCUGCUGAUGGAGUGGCGAGAACUCAAGGUGGAUUAUUAUACCAAAAAUGGUUUUAAAGACUUGCUCAGUCACAUUUGUAAAUACAAACAGAGAUUCCCCCUCCUCAAUAAAAUAGUUCAGAUCCUCAAAGUCCUUCCCACCUCAUCGGCCUGCUGUGAGAAGGGGCGCGCUGCCCUGCAGAGAGUGCGCAAAAACAACCGCUCCCGGCUCACGCUGGAGCAGCUCAGUGAUCUUUUGACCAUUGCCGUUAACGGGCCGCCCAUUGCCAACUUCGAUUGCAAAAGGGCACUAGAUAGUUGGUUUGAGGAGAAGUCGGGCAAUAGCUAUGCUCUGUCAGCUGAAAUGCUGAGCAGGAUGUCGUCCCUUGAUCAGAAGCCGAUGUUGCAGAGCAUGGACCACGGCUCUGAGUUUUACCCCGAUAUUUAGGAAGGAAUGCCUCAGAUCAGAAAGCUGUUGAAUAAUUUUUUUAAUCUAUACUCUAAACUUUGAUAUAUUAUAUAAAAUAUAUAUAUAUAUUAUCUAUAUUAAGGAGAAACCCACACUGAAAGUUUUAAAGUUUAAGACGAUGUGCGUCUGAUAGAAGCUAAGCAGAGUUUUAAAGAUUGAGACAACGUUUAGACUUUUACUGGUGUCUCCAACCAUGGCAGCUGCAGUGUAGGUGGCAACAUUUCAUUCUUUAGAAGCAUGUGCUGGGGCCAUACUCUACAUGUUCAAACCUAGCUCUCUAUAAGCUACACAACGGGUCUUUGUCAGCCUCAUCCUCCCGGCAGUUUCUUUUGUAUGUGUGUUGUUGUUGGGUUGUUUUUUUGUGUUGUUUUGUUUUGGGGUUGGUUGUUGGGGUUUUUUAUCCUCCUCAGUUUGAAUCUCUGCCUCUCUUUCCGUUGUUCAGUCUGGUUAUUGAGCCAUUUGAGCCUUAUGUUGACAACCCUUUGUUCUGAUUCCUGACAGAGUAUCCCGUGCUUUUCUGUUGUCCCCAGUUCUCCAGCUCCAUCCAGUUCUCUUAGCUGAGUGGGAGAUAUCUUCACUCACAGAGAUUACUGGCAGGAGGGAGAGGCUGGGGGUGUGAUUUUGGGUUUUUCUUUUGAUUUAGCAACAAAACUGUGAUGCCUCUUUCUCAGUCUUCUUCCUUUUGGGCUGUAGAGUAAUACUUGGCUUUCAGCUCCUUUUCUGAUUACAGUAGUACCAGUCUAUCAUGCAUAUAUUCUAACACGAUGUCAUGUGCAGACUAUAAAAUAGCAAAUUAGAGAAGGCAGGGGGAAAUUUUUUGCAUUUAUAUUUUUAUAUUGUAGGAGAUAAAUAUAUAUAUAUAUAUAUAUACAACUAUUCAUUCGAAAACCAGGGCUGCUGUGGAAGCUAGACAGCCAAUGAGUCAAGAGCCAUCCAUGGGCUUUGAGAUUCAAAGGCUUAAAAAGUAUAUUCUAAUUUACAUUAUUUAUACUAUGUCUUUAUAAUCCUAGAUUGUUGUGGGGGGUUUUGUUCUGUUUCCUUUUGUUUUCUUUUGGAAUGACUGAAAGAAAAACCUGCUGCGCUUUGGUGGCAGGAGCUAUCAAUGCAAGAUUAUCUUGGAUUAUAUUCAUGUGAUGAUGUUCUACAAAGGUUCACGUAUUCUCUUGUGACCAAGGUAACAUGUUCCACAGCACAGCAGAACUGAUGACAGCAGGAAGAAGGGAUUGCUCUGCUUUUUCCUGUGAAAUACUUCUUCCUUUCUUGAAGGGAUGCAAAGCCCAGCUGAAAUGUGAAUGGGGGACUUGCACCUUCCAUCACAUAGAGAUUGUUCUGUGGGCUUGGGGUUCUUCUUUGUUUUAUUCUUUUACAGUAAACGAGCUCCAGGUAUUCACACAGUAUCACUUCAGGUUAGAAAAGCAAAAAAAAAAAAAAAAAAAGAGAAAAAAAGAUAAAAACUAACCAAAAAAAAACAACCCCACACAAACAAAAAGGUGCAAAAACUCCACAGAUGCUAGUGCCUUGCCCUGCUGAUGUGGCAUGGACAGCACCAACCUGACCAGAUCAUCGUGGGGGUGAGAACAUGUUGUCCAGAAGGUGUCCGACACGUUCUCACUCCCCAGAGGGAUGAGCUUUGUGCCAAGCUGUGUUGUUUGGAAACAUGAUGGUGGUAUCAGCAACACUGAACCUUUCCUUUCUCCUGUUACCCCCCUGCCCUUGGUCUUGGUGCUAAGAUAUCUCUAGAACCGUUGCUGCUAGUUGAUAGCUUUUCAUUUAUAUAAAUAUAUAUAUAUAUAUAAAAUAUUAUUUUAUUUUUUAAACUUUUUUGUUUGUUUUCAAUGGAGAUGUAGCAUGUUUGGAACCGAUCUCUCUCGGAGUCACUUUCACUGCCAGGGUUCACGCACUGUCUUCCCCGGAAAACACGCACUUCUACCUAGGUCUUGCUCACCUCCUGCUAAACCCCUUUGCCCCCAGCAGAACCACACAGCCAGCACUGGGCAGAGAUGUGUGGCCAAGCCACUGUGGACCAGAUCAGCUUUCAGAUCCCAUGGGAACAGCUAGACUGGUGUUGGUCAGAGCUUUGGAAGCGUUUUCCCUCUAUCCCUGUGGGACUGAGCCUACCCAAAGCACUAGUGGUGGCCAGUCUUUGUGUCCUGACUCUGCCUCCUUUGCUGUAAAAUGGGGCCAGAUGGUCCAAGGGGUGUAGAGCAGACCCCACCUACCUUCCGUAGCACUUACUCCCUGUCCCCUCUGCCUUACCUCAGAUGGCAACGUCGGGAGCUAGGUCAGGGCAUUGCGCCGUUGCAGAGCAGGGGCAUUGAUGCGCAACACAUAGCAAGCAAAAUAAUAGGUGUUGUUUGCAUUUUCUUCCCAAUAAAUGAUGUGAUCAAAUUGACCUGUUCGUCUACAGGAGUAAAAAUUAAACCCUCUGCAGCUGGGCAGGCUUGGGCUGUUGUUUGACUGAUGGUAAAAUAGGGAUCUCUCCACACAAGGUGCUUCAGCUCUGCUCAGGGUGCUGCUCCUUGGUAGGGAGGAGGCAGGCUCCCUCCUUAGCUAACAUUUUGGAGAUGUAAAAAGAAAGAUGGAAUUGCUGCUCCGUUAGUCUCUGACCUGGAGAUGGGCAAGGUGAACGUAGAUGCUGGAGACAAGAAGUGAUUGGAUGCACCAGAGAGGAAUAGGGAGGCUGGAGAGAGUCUUCCUUGUCGAGCAGCAGAAGAAACAAGUAGCAGAUAGUUGAUGCAAGCUGUGUUGGCUGUCAGAGGGGCUGUAAAGACAGUUUUCCCUUCUCCCUUUUUCUUCCAUUUUCUCUUUGUUCAACUCCACAGCUCUUUGCAGGGGGGAAAUAAUCACCUGCCUUGCUGUGCCAGAAGAGGUUUGGAUUGGAUAUUAGGACAAAUUCCUUCCCCAGAGGGUGCUCAGGCAUUGGAACAGGCUGCCCAGGGCAGGGCUGGAGUCACCAUCCCUGCAAGUGUUCACACACCGUGGAGACGAGGCCUCAGUGCCUUGGGUUAGUGGUGGCCUUGGCAGUGCUGGGGAAUGGUUGGACUGGAUGAGCUUAAAGGUCUUUUCCAACCCGAUGGAUUCUAUGAUGCUGUUUGCAGCAGUGGAAGCUUGUGGGCACAUGGGCCCACCAAAGUGCCUGGCCUGCAUGGAGGGAAGGGACACUUGAGUUUCCAGACACCUUUGCAGACAGGAGUGCUCCCCAGGGCUUGUGCUGAGCCACCUGAGAGGCCCGUUUACAACUGCUCUGAGCCUUUCUGCUGUUGCCACUGGGGAGUAAACGGUGCCUUGCCUUGUUGGCAAGUAAGAGCUGCCACAGGCUUGUUCAAGAAUGAUUCCUCUAAUUUGUCACUCCUUUGCUUCAUUUGCGAAUCCUAUCCUCAGUGACAGCUCUCACCGGCUGCUCUCAUUCCUCAUGGCAGAGCAGAACGUGCACCAGUGCUGGUUUUUCCUCCAGGCAGUCAGCUGGCAAAGGGAAAGUGCUUGUUUCUUUUGCAAAUGACUUUGUGUGCAUCAGUGAGCGGCAUGGGUAGGAAGCAUGAUUCCCUGCCAUGGGAUGUUAUGGAUACCUGCAGUGGGAAAGGUCAGGGAUGGGGGAAAAAGCCAGCCCAGCUCCCCCAACACAAACAAUUCCCAGCUUUUGUCCUAGACAAAUGCAGGUGCUUUGCAAGCUUUCCCUCUAGCCUUCCCUGCCUAUCUCCCAUCUGUAGCUGUUACUCCCAUGGAUAGGCUGUGGAUGGAAACGUGACUGCAGGCACGAGCAAGACGGGGAGGAAUACCAAUGCAAAGUGCCUCUGGCUUCCCUGCCUGGCCUUUCCUAGGAGCAGAUUUAAUUCUGUGCCCUGUUUACAAUCCCCAGGGCCCGGCUGGGCAGCAGCAGGCAUGGGGAAGGCUCUUUGGAUCAGAGAUCACCAUGGUUUUGGUUAAAUCAAUGCCUUUCCUGCUGUGCUGACUGAGAGGAGGUUGUUUUGAACGUGUUGCUUACAGCAUCUUGAACUGCUUUGGCUGCACAGAGAGAAGGGUUUAAUUUGUCUCAGAUGAGCUCUUUGUGUUCUCCCCCCCCUCCCUGUAUCUUCGCUAUGGCAUUGGACUGUGAAUAAUGCACACUUCUCCAGACCCUCGGGUUUCUGUUGCCAAUCUCCCCUCCCCUCUCUUUGCUCAGGCUCUUGCCUCUUUCACCCUGCUGUGAAGCAGGAAUCCGUGAAGCACAUCCAGACAUGUCCUUCUGCAGGGCUCGCCUGUGGCCGCAGGGGUCCCUCUGGCCACGAGGCCGAACUCAGCAGGGAUAAUCCUCACAAGAGACCAAAGCUCUUCCCAUACCAGCAAAAGCACGUGGGAGCCACAGGGGGUUGAGAGGGGACGUGAUGGGCAAGGUCCUGAUGUGUUGCCUGCCUUGAGUCUCAUCUGACCGCUGCGAUGUCCCCCCUGUGCUGUUGUGCUUUUGCUGAUACAGCUCCUCAGACGUGAUUCAGGCUCAGUCCCAUCUCUUUCUCACAGCACAAACUCAACCAGGUCGCCCUCGGGGUCCUUCAGGGUCCCUUUUCUUUCUUAUCUCAUGAGGAUUGCUGUUUGUUUGACCAGUGGGUAAGACAACCUAGACAGCCGGCUUGCAAAUAAGCAUCAACAGCCUCUGCUUUUGCAGAUUGCCCUCUGAGCCCUGUCGAAAGAGGUCUUAAAAGCAGAGAAAAUGGUACGUUGCUCCCCCAGCCAUUGUAUUCAAUGCAGUAAUGCCUAUGCAAUUCCUGUCUCCCUUGGAGACACGUAUGAUGUGUGUGCAUGUAAGCUAGUGUAUGUAUACAGUACAUAUGCAUAUGGUCUAUAUAUUGUAUAUACGCACAUCCCAGUACAUAUACACACAAUACAAAAAAAAAGAUUAAAAUCACAUGCUUAUAUAUCUAUAAAUAAAAUCCUAUAUAUUUAUAUAUUUCUAUGUUUUCAAUAGAUAUAAAGAUAUAAUAUAGAGAUAGUCUCAACCACCCUUGUGUAAGGCUGGCCCUGUGUUCUGGCACAAGGCACGUAACACUGAAGACUUUGGACUUUGGGAUAGUUUUAGCCAUACACUGAGGCCUGCAUUUAGGUGUAUAGCACUCUAUGGAGAGGGGCUUUGCUGUGGUUAGGGCAAGGGGUGUCCUUGCUGGCAUGUUAACCAAGUGCUAAAUAAGGUUUGUGUCAUAGGGGAAUGUCUUGGUGGGGGGAAAUUGCUUGAGUGUCCCUGUCUUCUCCCGAGUGAGCCUGUGUGUUCGCACUUGCACAGAUGCAUAUCCUGCCUUCAUAUGCACUUUGCUCUCUCUGCACAGAUGCAGCUGGCAACUGGUGCCAUGAGAAUGGGGCUUUCUGCUGUUCUUCCCAGUGCUCCUUGGUGCUGGCAGGCCCAGCGAGAGCAUGGCUUUGCUCAUGGGCAUCAGUCAGUGACACAGCCAUGCACUGGGAUAAAGGCAGCAGGAAAGCCAAGGCAUUCCUAAGUAGAGGGAGGGCUGCUGCUGCGCGGUCGGAGGUUGACAGGGAUGGUGUUUGGAGCUGGAGUAGCAUGGAUGAGAAAGGACCGCGAGCUCAGAGCAGUAAGGAUGGGAGUGUGUAAGCCCAAUGGUGCAGCUCUGUUGGGCCAGGCUGGCUGCUGCUGUGCUGCAGGAGCCACUCCGCUCCCUCAGGCUUCAUGGAUGCUCCUCUGGUGAGCAUCCUGCCUGGGUGGGGGACCUGGUGGCUUUUCUGGAGGAAAGGGAAUGAUGUUAUUGAGCAGAAGAUGUGGUCAGUGGCACAUGUGGCCUUUGGGCCCCAGCACACUGUGUGCUGACCUUACCAGGCUGAAGCACCAGAGGGUGCACCCGUCUUGCCCAAGCUGGUUUUGCAUGACAGGCGUUUCUGUGCCGAGACUGGGGAUGGAUCCAGGCAUUGGAUCAGCCUCCCCUGUGUGGCCAUGUCUGCGGGAUGGACAGCAGCCUCAUCCCUCCAUCCCUCCCUUCACACAGCCACUGUUAGGACACUGACCCUGCUGCGGGGUGCAGUCCCUGGCUGGUGCUUGAGGCAACCCAAGAGGUUCCUCUGGCUGGGCUGGCAUCACCAUGCUGCUUCCCCCUAAGCAUUGAAGGGGAGGCAUGGAGGUUUGGCUUUGCAGGUCCACCCCACCAUGCGCUCCUCUCCAUUGGUUCUAACUGCUGGGAAGAGGAUGGGUUGUAAUUCCGCCUUGCCGAACGGAACGACUCAUUACACUGGUAUCGCAUUGAGCUCCGCAAGCUCCCCCCAAGCCCUACCACACACCUCAGUGCCCUCUCCCUGGCCUCUCUCCUCCACACAACUGGUAAUCCACCUCACCACAACCCGCCUGCCGGCAGCUCCCCAUCCCGGCCAUGCAGCGCCGAUGGGGAGCCCUCCCCGGCUCCUCAUGAACCUCAGCGAUGGUUUUCCUCGCUCCCAGCCCUCUCCUUCGGAUGCCACUGACACUCACGGAGGCUCAGCCCGGCGAGGGGCUCCCCCUGCACUGCACCUCAUGUCGAAUAAGCUCGCUGGGCCUCGUGAGGGAACCAUGUCUCAUAUGCUGUAAUGUCCCGAAUGCUAUGGGAGGGCCACGGAGUUUUUCUGCCAGUCAAUGGCAUCCUCAUAAACUCACCCGACUGUUGGCAAAAAAGGCAUUUUCUACUUGCAGAAAACAGGAGGUUUCGCCUCGAACCUCUCCAUAUCCACAAGCACAGCCCUGCUGAACUGUUUCAAACGAUCUCUCACCCACCCACCGCACACACACAAACACAUGAAAUGAGAGGAAAAUAUCUAGACGUCUAUUAUUACAUAUGUAUUAAUAUGUUAAUAUCACUCUUUUGGAGAACAUUAAAAAUGUUAUUACUUUACAGACUAUGCUUUAUAGUACCUGUGUGAAAGGACCUAGGACACUGGAUACGAAUAGAGCUAUGUUGAUAUAUCAUAGUAUGUACACGAGAACCUUCCUUUUGUCAUAUUAUCCUUGUAAUGUAAAAUGUUUGUUAAUAAAAAAACAUUUAAAUUUAA